GAAUCGAGAAGAAAAGCAUCGAAAUUUGGUUUUCUUUGUGGCUUUCACAUUUCCUAUUCCCGGAUGUAGUUUUCGUAAGAAAAUGAAAUUCUCAUGGACUGACACGUACUAGCAUAUUUUUCUUCCCGUAAUGGCGAAUUCGAUGGCUUUGACUUCAAUUGGCCUUCUCAGAUUCGGCGUAGUUACCAAGAAAAGCAAUCGCCACCUAACUUAUACUUCAAGAUCCUCAUCGAGAUUCUCUAGGGUUCGAGCUGUGCAGGAAAGCGAAGGGCCUCGAAGAUUAGUUGAUAUAUUACGAAUCAUACCCGAUGUAUCGCGAAAUUACUUCAAACGCCCUUCGAGAAGGGCACUUUUUGGAGGUAUUUCCCUAUUGGGCGGCUUCUAUGUCGCCCAGACAAUCUCUCUGUCUUUUGGGGCGUUGGGUGUGAACGAUGUGAUUGCUGCAGUGUUGUGUGUUUUGAUCACGGAAUAUGUGACGAGGUUUUAUUACAGCAGACCGAAGGUCACUUUUCCUAUUGCACUUUUAAACAAUUUCAAGAUGGGUUUUACUUAUGGUCUCUUCAUUGAUGCUUUCAAACUGGCCAGUUGAUAUAUCUUUUUUUUUUUUAAUUUAUUGUCGUCCUGAAAUUUGUGUUCGUAAAGGGCUUGCUUAUAUAUGGAACGAUUGUGAUAAUUCUUUUUCGUGUCGGAACUUUAAUUGAUAUGUUCCGUAUGUAUUCCAAGA